GGCACUAUGAACACAAAUAAACCUCAAAGUAGGGAAGUAGCAAGGAGUGUGAAUAUACUAUACUUUUUGAUAAACCUAUUUUCACUUCUUACUUGUCAUAUGUGACGAAAGUGGCUAAGUUUCUCUGCUGUCACGUGUUUCUCGUGCUUUGCGCCUUUCACGUGACACUCCGCCACGAGUCUGAAGUCACGCCAGGCAGGUCGGUUUUCUUUAUUUUUCUUUGUUCUACAUGAUUCUAACGAGAUUUUUCCGAAAAAGAAUGUCCGUCUCUCUGCCCCGUCAUGUCAUUUGGGAGUCAGAGCACCUGGUUGCCUACCUUCAUCCGCGGCCCUGGACGCCCGGCUCCGUGAUCCUGGAGCGCCGCAUGCCUGGAGCCAUGGCAGGCAGCAUCUUUGACCUGGAGGAAGCUGAGUAUUCAUCCUGGAUGCUGGGGGCCAAAGCAGUGGCACAGCUGCUGUGCGACAAGCUCAUGGUUCAACGGUGUGCCCUUGUCGCCAGACCCCAUGUGGACAAACCUGCUCAGAUUCGUGUACUCCCUCUGCAUGGCCUGGAUGCAGAGUGGCGUCCUCACCUGGCAGGAGAUGAAGAGCACCACAGCCACGAUCCGGGAUACUGCACCUCCAAGACAGCGCCUCGUUGGAGCGACACCCGCCUUAAUGAAAUCCAGACCAAGAUUCGCAUGGAGCUCCCUAACCCGAAUGCGUCGCCUAACCUGACGUUUCUGGGUGAAGACCAAUCUGACCCGGGUCUCUUUCCGCGCAUCAUCCGUGGUGAAGAGUCGCAGUGGCGGCUUUGGGAGGACGAGAACCACGUUUCAUUCCUCACCCCAUUUCCCAACUCACCUGGCUUCACCGUGCUAGUCCCACGCCGUCCUUUGCCCUCAGACAUAUUCAAACUCGGAGAUAGCGACUAUGAGGGGCUGGUGCUGGCCGCCCGUAAAGUGUCUCAUCUUCUGAAAAAGAGUUUGGAGGCAUGGGGUGUGGGACUUAUCUUUGAAGGAUUUGAGAUUGAUUACGCCCACGCUAAGUUGAUCCCGUUGCUGGGGUCGCCGUCUUCAGGGGACGGACGUUUCAGCACACCGCUGGCGCCUCAACACUUCCUUUUGUACCCCGGUUAUGUUUCCUCGGAGGAUGGACCUGUAAUGUCCAGAGAGAGUUUAGAGGAGAUGCAUGCCAAAAUCACCUUAAAAUAAUCUUACAAUCUGAACUUUUUCAAAAGUCCACUGUAAAUGGACGUUUAUUCUCUUACUUUGAGUAGUAUGAAGGAAUUGGAACCUCUUGGUGCCUCACGAUACGAUGCGAUUUGCGUUACAAAGCUCACGAUAAUGAUAAUCUCACGAUAUGGCUGUACAACAAUUAUCGAUUCAAGUCAGGAAAUCAUUCUAACAAGUAAUAAACAGAAAAACAAGCUAUUUUCACCCUUCUGCUGUAAGUUUAUCACUAGUAGAUGUCCAAUCCAUUUGAACUGGGAGGGUUGCAGUAAAUAAACCCCUCCCAGUUCAGAUAGGCCCCUCCCACUUCUAUGGCCGUCAGUGGCAGCCAAUGCCAGCCAACGAGGUAAUUUUUUAGCCAUUUCAGUUACCUGAUUUUCAGUCACUUCCUUUUGAUUUUGGAGCAUUUCGUGGUCACUUCUAGGGCUGCAGCUAUCGAAUAUUUUAGUAAUCGAGUAAUCGACUGAAAAUUCUAUCGAUUAAUCGAGUAAUCGGAUAAAACAAAUAUAUUUUUAGGUGAAGAGCAAUUAUAAAUAUACAUGAGAAAACAAGACAUUUCAUCUAAUCUUGAACCAAUAUUUUUGAUGUAUAUUGUUGAAAACAGCCAACAAUUGCAUCUCAGAUGUAACUAGAAUUUAAAAAAAAAAGACUAAUUCACUGCUUUCACUCAAAAAACUUUUAGAUCUUAUUAAAAAUAUAUAUAUAUUAUUACCUCAAAAUGCCGUUACGCUUGAUAACACACAUCACUUAAAAGUUAGGAUUUUUUCCCACGUGUUUCAAUUGAAUUUCUCUUUGUGUCAAGCCAUUUUUAAGUUCUAGUUAAGUUUUAAGUUAGUCUAAACUGUAAGUCCUGAUAGGAUUUUGAGUUUUUGCAGUGUUCAAAAUAAAUGUAUGAUACAGGCUGUAUUGGAGCACAUUAGGGAGCAGUGCUACUUGGUGUUUUAUCCAGCAAUGACUACUGAGCUAAAAUUGAUAGUUAGCAUGUUUAAGUUUUUAUUUUACACCCUCAUCACUCCACAAUGCUAUGUUAUGUUUAAGCCUGUAUGUAAGACACGUUAGCCACGCAUCGACAGUGGUCAUAAUUAAUUGAAACCUAGCCCUCCGCAGGGCUAACGUUACGUGAGCUAGUAGCGACAGUAACGUUAAUCUUAUUUAUUAGCGCUUACCGCUCUUUAUUAGCGCUUAGCGCUCUACUGCUUUAAGAUGGCGGCUGUUUACUAACGCUGCCCAGACGCGGCCGAGUCUGUCAUUUUGCAUCUUGUUCAACAUACAUGUGAUCGCAUCUAGUUCAACAUACAUGUGAUCUCUAUGAGACGCAUCAGACGGUACCUGUUACCAAUGUAGCAUCGUGCGGGCUAGUAUUUACCAACGUCGGCGUCGUUUGUGGCGGCUGUCGGCUGCAGUAAGUUUUUUUUUUUUUUUUUCCUUCUUUCUCUCCGCACGUGACAGCGCGUUGUCCCGCAUUGAAAGUAGUCCGAGCAAAACGUGAUGCUUAGAACUGUCAAAAUAAACGAUUACUCGAGGUGAAUAAAAUUACUGGGAUCAGUUUUUAAACUCGAGUUACUCGAGUUGCUCGAGUACUCGUUUCAGCUCUAGUCACUUCCUUUUGAUUUUGGGGCAUUUUAUGGAAAUCCUGCUGAUUUUGGGCUACAGAACAGGAGGUGGCCCGGCAAAUGAAUAGGCAGUGACUCAAACUCAACAGGAAGUGACUUGUAACUGCCCCAAAAUGAACAGAAAGCGACCCGUAAAUACCCCAAAAAUCGGAAAGAGUGACUGUGAAUGCUCUGGUUUCGGACAAACAAACGUUUAUUCGCCCUUCUGUCUCAAUGGGUUGGGCUUCAAGCGUAUUAUGGUAAAAGAUUUCGGUAGUAACUUGGUUCCUUUUUUUUCUUUUAAACAGUGAUACCUUUUUAAAAAGAUAUCUUGAUUCUUAGGAUAAGUGUAUCGAUAACCUUUAUGGAUGCAAAGUCACAAUAUAUCACAAUUUUGAUAUUUGGGGUUGGUGGUGUGUCCCCCUCUUCCCAUCCCUGAGGGCCGGUUGAUAGGAGCGUGGGUGGCCCGGGGGACCACAGUGGAUCCCGGGGGGUGAUGAUGGCUCCUUUGCUGGGCUGUGCUGUGCCCCCCUUCCCCGGCCCUCCCUCCCUCCCUCCCUCCCUCCCCGGGCUGGCUGGGUGGGGGCCGUUGCCCUGGGUUGGCACCUCCGUGGUGUCUCCUCUCGUCUGUGUGGCUGUCGCAUGUUUGGUGGGGCUCGUGUGUGGCUGGAUGUGAUUGGGCGCGCUCAGGUGGGGGGUCCCGGUGCCGGGGCUGGCGGUGGGGUGGCGUAGGGUCGGUUGCCAACAGGCCUACACUCAUAAGGGAUUCACACGAUUACUGGGUUCCAGAUCACAGAUCACCCCCAUACUACCCCAUAGUGAGUAUGAGGUGCUGUCUACACGCCAACAAUCUGUUUGGGAGGCAUGCACGGAGAAAGCCUUUCCUCACUCACAAUCAUAAACGCAAACGUCUGGAGUUCGCCAAGCGGUAUUGGGGCUUCAACUGGGACCAUGUGCUUUGGUCAGAUGAGACCAAGAUUAAGCUUUUUGGCUCAACACUCUAAGUGGGUCUGGCGUGUCACGAAAGAUGCGCAUGCUGAAAAGCACCUCAUACCCACUGUGAAGUAUGGGGGUGGGUCAGUGAUGCUGUGGGGCUGUUUCGCUUCCAAAGGCCCUGGGAACCUUGCUAGCAGGACAUUUUAAAUCAAAAUCUGUUGCCCUCUGCCCGAAAGCUGAAGAUGGGUCGUCACUGGGUCUUUCAGCAAGACAAUGACCAUAAACAUAUGGCCAAAUCUACACAGAAAUGGUUCACCAGACACAAAAUCAAGCUCCUCCCAUGGCCAUCUCAGUCCCCAGACCUCAACCCCAUUGAAAACCUGUGGGGUGAGCUGGAGGGGAGAGUACAUAGGAGAGGACCCAGGUCUCCGGAUGAUUUAGAGAUUCUGCAAAGAGGAAUGGCUGAAGAUCCCUCUUUCUGUCUUUUCCAAUCUUGUGAAACAUGAUAGGAGAAGAUUAGGUGCUGUUUUGUUGGCAACAGGGGGUUGUACAAAGUAUUAUCACCAGGGGUGCUAAUAAUUGUGACACACAUUAUUUGAUGUCAAAUAAUUAUUUCUUUAUGUGGGAUUUUUUCCUCACUGAAUAAAUGCACUUGUAUUGAAGGUUGGAUUUUUCUCUUUUUUCCAUUAAGAUCCCAUAUUUAGAAAAAAUAUAUAUUAGAAGCUAAAAAAUACAUAAUUAUUUUAAAUCCAAUAAUUAUGGAGGGCACUGUAUUCGGGCCAAUAUGGUAAGUCAUACUCUCAAUGUGAGACAUUAAAACUUCAGACCAACCGGACACUUAGACUUCCAGUCUCCGUGUCAAACAGCUGAACAGGACAGGUUCAAAAUAAAAGAAAAAAUCUCGUUUAAAAAAAAAAAAGAGAGAAGGUGACGGAGUAAAGUGAUGUUACUUGUGACAAUGCUGCAUUUAAGUUUGUUUCUUUCACUUUUAUAAACGACCAAAUUGGAUCCCAGUAAUUAAUAAUCAUAAAAAAGUCUAUAUUGUUCGGUUUGUUGUUUUUUUAAAUGGAAAUUUAAUUAGUUCCCACACAAAUUUCAAACAUUCAAACUAGCAUCUUUUUAUUAAAUAGUUCAAUAUUCAGAGCAUUGUUAACAGCCUGUCACACAUCAAUUCCAGACAUAUUGGUAUAAAACUCUUUAUAAAUAUAAACAUUCCCAAUAAAAACUUUAUUGCCACACAAACAAGACUCUUCAAACUACAUGAAAAUUAUACUGAUUUUCAUGAACCAGAGCAGAAAUAUAUAUUACAUUUCAUAUAGCUGCAACAGUUUAUUCUCAGCAGGAUUAACUUCUGCCUUGUCAGAAAAACACUCGUCCAAAUAAGAUAAACAUGAUUGUGGAAAUCAAACAACCUCGCUGGUCAUCUUCAAUAUUACACAGCAGGUAACUAUGACAAUAAAGUCAUACAAUUUUGAUAACAUGGAUUUCCUUUGCAAAACAUAUCUGACAACAAGCUGAAAUAAAUUUAAUAUAAAAAAACGUACCUAAUAGACUAAAUUUAUCAUUUUAAUCUUAUUGUAUACAAUUUAGGAUUUGUUGAGAUUAAAGUCAUAACAACAUCGUUACCUCAUUCAGUGUCAAAAACAAAUGUACACAUUAAUCCAAGCAUGUUUUACAGGGAAGAGACUACUCUUUCAUGUGAUACCUUUGGUGAGAUUGAUCCAUCAAAAUCCGCUAGGGGCUGUCAUUUUUUCAAACAUCAACAUGAUAAUACUGUGACACACGUUAACAAAAUAUAUUGUCUCUCAUAAAAUACAUUUUUUUCUCUUUCCUGUCUUUGCAUUCAUAUAAAAUUCAAGUGUUUCUAUCUUACAGGGAAG